AUGUCCCUUGAGAUGGAGCAGCGUCGCUCAAUGGAACAGGAUAAGAACCUCUUCAUCCAUGAAGAUUCUCCUGAUGGGUCCAUGAAGGCCAUCAACCCCUCCCAGUCUGCAGGAGAGGUGAACACGACGGAUGGUGCUGGAGUCGAGGAAUUCGUCCCACUUAUGACUUCUAAGAUGGCCAACAUUGGCCAUGGUCACAUGAUGGAUUCGAGCUUCAUGAAGCACAACCAUGCCGCCCGAGAUACGACCAAGUCCGAGAACGCCGAUGUUCGUGAUCUCCUCGCGAAGCUUCAAGAGCAGCAGCGCCUUAUCGAUCAGCAGCGGGACGCCCUCGAGAGGAAGGACCGUGAGCUAGGCAAGGUUAGGUUCGAUCCUCCGUCUGGCCGCAACAGCUACAAUACAUCGCCAGCCCAUGGACCAGGAGAGUCUACUGCUGGAACGAUGAGAUCUAUGUCUCCGGGUACGAGGUAUCCCGCCGGACUCGUCGUUCAGGACAUUAAGGACGUCAACCGUCUCCAGUCGGAACUCAUGGCCGCCAAGUCUCAGAUCAAUGUCAUGAACGAGGAACUUGCCCAGACUAGGAUCACCAAGCACACUCUGGAACAGGCUAUGAGUCACUCUGGCGAUGAUCACGUUGGUCUUGAAGAUGUUUCGGAGCACACUUUGGCCACCUUGCAAUCCAAGUUCGCCCAGCUGCCCCGACCGGGUGCGGAGAGAGCCGAUACGUGGCCUUCUGCUGGAUAUGACGAAUCAAGCUCAUCGUCGAUGGAGUUCCGUGAGCCUCAUUCCAUCUCUGCCGGCCCCUUUGCCGGGGCGUCCGGAAUCUGGGGAUCGUCUGGAAAGAAUGGCCUAUCCCAGCUGCCCUCGAUGCCGCUGGCCAACCCAGUCGAUCUACAGUUCCCGGGAGCUCCUGGUCGGCGUUCGUCCGGCAUGGAGCCGAGUGAGAUUUACGGUGCAGGAAACCGUGUUUGGAAUACCCAGGGACACCGCUCCUUUGCCUCCCAGUCGUUGGCGGGCCCGCCACCUAUCAGCACCGAUCCGCGUUACUUCAAUAGUCGUCGAGCAUCAUACAACCCAGGUGCCAUGCCCUUUACCGCCUCGGUCGAUAGACUGUCGCCAUCGGCGCAGUUCAAUCCCAGUCCUAUCGGAACACCGUUGGCCACACCUACUGGCAACGACUUUAGUGCAGCUUCUGCUGCGGCGAUCUGGGGUCCCGGACAGACUUAUGUCUCUACAAUUGAGCCUCUCAACUACCGUCGGCUCUUGGAGCGUAGUGUCAACUGCAAUUGGAAGUACAUUGUCGACAAGAUUGUUUGCAAUAACGAUCAGCAAGCUUCAAUCUUCCUUCAGCAGAAGCUGAAGAUUGGCACGGCCGAGCAAAAGCACGCAAUCGUGGAUGCCAUCGUCGCACAGGCUUACCAGCUGAUGAUCAACCGCUUCGGAAACUUCUUGGUUCAGCGUUGUUUUGAGCAUGGUACGCAGGACCAGAUUCAGGGAAUCGCUAACGCUAUCCGUGGAAACACGGUGGCGUUGAGCAUGGACGCUUUCGGCUGCCACGUUAUCCAGAAGGCUUUCGACUGUGUCCCGGAGGAGUUCAAGGCCACGAUGGUGAGCGAAUUGCUUCGCCGCAUCCCGGAGACGGUCAUCCAUAGAUAUGCCUGUCAUGUCUGGCAGAAGCUUUUUGAGCUUCGCUGGGCCGGAUCGCCCCCACAAAUCAUGAAGUAUGUCAACGAAGCCCUGCGCGGAAUGUGGCACGAGGUUGCCCUCGGCGAAACUGGAUCUCUAGUUGUGCAGAACAUCUUUGAGAAUUGCCUGGAGGGGGACAAGCGUCCAUGCAUUACCGAGGUGCUUGAAUACAUCGAUCUCAUUGCCCGUGGUCAGUUCGGAAACUGGUGCAUCCAGCACAUCUGCGAGCAUGGAGCUCCACACGAUCGCAGUCGUGCCAUUGAUGUGGUGAUUCAGAAUGCCCCGGAGUACAGCAUGGACCAGUACGCUUCGAAGGUCGUCGAGAAGUGCCUCAAGGUCGGCGGCAAUGAAUUCUUGGAUAGAUAUCUGGACCGUGUCUGUGAGGGCCGUCCGGAUCGGCCCCGUAUUCCGUUGAUUGAUAUUGCUAGCGAUCAGUACGGCAACUACUUAGUGCAGUGGAUUCUUCAGCAUGCUUCCAUGCAGCACCGUGAGCAGGUUGCCUCUCAUAUCCGCAAGCACAUGGUCUCCCUUAGGGGUAGCAAGUUCGGAUCUCGAGUCGGGAUGUUGUGUUGCAACCCCAUCUACAACCGUCAGACUCCUGGCCCGCCAUCUCCCACGGCGCGCUUCAAUAGGUUCGGAUUUCGCUAG